UUACGUGAUUGCAUCGCGCAAAUUGUGCGGUGAAGUCAAAUUAGCAUUCACUUUUAACUUCACGAUUAAACGUCGUUGUUUGCGAUUUUCACCGGGAAGCAGACCAAUACAAACGAAAGAGCACAAUGCCGGCAGUACCAGGAAGUGUCUACGGUCAGAGUCAGCAGCCCUCCUGUUUUGAUCGAAUGAAAACUGGUUUCACUAUCGGAUUUUGUGUGGGAAUGGCCAGUGGUGCUCUGUUUGGAGGAUUUUCAGCAUUGAGGUAUGGACUUCGUGGACGUGAGCUUAUCAACAAUGUCGGAAAAGUUAUGAUUCAGGGUGGAGGAACGUUUGGUACUUUCAUGGCAAUUGGAACAGGCAUUAGGUGUUAAAAUGAUUAGAAGCUCGAUAAAUCAAUGUGUGAAGAAAAAGGCAAUAAAAAAUAUC